CAGUGAACUUUAUAUCUUUAAUUCGUCCUUUUCCAAAGCAGGUCUCGCGAAAAACACUCGGAUCAAAUUUGUACAAUGUUUUGGUAUACUGUAAGCGCUGUAAUACUUUUAAUAGCAUUAAGACUCAAAUGUCCGUACAUUAUCUCCCAGACCAAGUACAUGUGCCGAGUGGCAAUAGCAGUUUACCGCACGACAAAGUACAUCAAAUCCAAGCCUGUUUACACGAUACUGGAUCGAUUCCUGGACUCGGUUCGGAAGAACCCGAAAAAGGCGUUCAUUCGGUUUCUGGAUCAAACUUACUCAUACGCGCAGUCGGAUAAAGAGAGCAAUAAAAUCGCGAGGACUUUGCUGAAACACGCGGAUCUUCAUGAAGGAGACACGGUUGCGCUUUUGCUCGGGAAUGAACCCACGUUUUUGUGGAUAUGGUUGGGUUUGGCCAAGAUCGGAUGUUCUGUUGCUCUUCUCAAUCAUAACAUCCGAUCCAAGUCCCUUCUGCACUGCUUCACCUGCUGUGGGGCCAAUGUGCUGAUAGCCGGUGCAGAUCUGCAGGAUGCGGUUGAGGAGGUGCUGCCGGCUCUGAGAGAGCAGGGGAUCUCCAUAUAUAUACUGACUGAGCAUGUGAGCUCAGAGGGAAUGACAAGUCUUACAGACAAGAUCAAGCAGGCCUCAGAUCAGCCGAUUCCAGCAGACCUGAGGGCCAACGUGACCUUCAGCAGCCCAGCGGCCUACAUCUACACUUCAGGAACCACCGGUCUCCCGAAGGCGGCAGUGAUCACUCACCGCAGGCUCUGGGCGAUGGCCUUCUUCCAGUCCAUCUGUGGAGUGAAGUCUGAUGAUGUGAUUUACGUCUGCCUGCCUUUAUAUCACAGCUCUGGCUUUGGCCUCGGGUUCGGAGGUUCUGUUGAACGAGGAGCCACUAUUGUCCUGAGGAGCAAGUUUUCUUCCUCUCAGUUUUGGGACGACUGCAGAAAGUAUAACGUCACUGUGAUUCAGUAUAUUGGAGAAACCAUGCGCUACCUCUGCAACAUGCCAAAGUGUGUUAGUGAUCAAGUGCACAACGUCAGGAUGGCCAUUGGGAAUGGCAUUCGGCCAGAGAUCUGGCGAACGUUCAUCAGCAGAUUCGGUCAUGUUGAAAUCAAAGAGUUUUACGGCUCAACUGAAGGAACUCUGGGUUUCUUGAACUACGCUGGCAAAGUUGGGGCCGUCGGUACAGUCAAUUCUUUUCAUAAGAAACUGUAUCCGUAUGACUUCAUCAAGUUUGAUCAUGAGAAAGAGGAGCCUGUCAGAAACGCUGAUGGAUUUUGCAUUGAAGUUGCAAAGGGAGAGACGGGUCUGCUGGUGACACAGCUCACUCAGAAGAUUGAGUUUACUGGAUACGCCCGGGAUCCCAAACAGACGGAGAAGAAGAAACUUCACAAUGUGUUUGAGAAGGGUGACGUUUACUUCAACACUGGAGAUCUGUUCAGGACAGACAGAGAAAACUUCAUCUACUUCCAGGAUCGGGUGGGCGACACUUUUAGGUGGAAAGGGGAAAACGUUUCCACCAAUGAAGUGUCAGACAUCAUGACUCUGGCGCUGUGUAUCGAGGAAGCAAAUGUUUACGGCGUCACAGUUCCAGGUUUUGAAGGGAGGAUAGGAAUGGCCGCCAUCAUAUUGAAGAAAGACCAUCAGUUUGAGUGUGAUGACGUUUUUAAUCACGUGACCUCCUACCUUCCGGUUUACGCAAGACCGCGUUUCAUACGCAUCCAGAGCUGUUUGGCUGUUACCUGCACCUUCAAGCAGCUGAAGGGGAGGCUGGUGGAGGAAGGCUUUAACCCUGCUCUCUUCACUGACCCGCUGUUUAUUUUAGACGAGACGGUGAAAAGCUACAGACCUUUGACACAUGACACAUAUGAGUCCAUACUGGACGCUCAAUUCAGACUGUGAAGAGCCGCAUUCGCUCUGUUUAGAAUGAAAGAAACCAAAUCUUUCAAUUAUAACACAGCAACUUGUUUAACAAGAUGUUAAACAAAGCAGAUGUGUUUGCUCAUAUGUACCAAUGGUGCCAAUAUUAGUGGAGAUGACUGUAAUAUUUUCCCCUAUUUGUACCAAGCAUAAUUAUUGACUUAACAGAUUUAACGGUGGUGGAAAAAUGAUUUAGUUUCUUUAGUAAUUUUUGUGGAAGCUUUCAAAGAUGUUUUUAUUUUAUAUCUAACAUCUUUGUCAGUUUUCUGACAAUACUGUUUUAAAAAGAUAAUAAAAAACACCAAAAAAAGAGGAGUAUCAUUGUCAGUCUGUAAAGGCUUUCUAAGAAUCAGAUACUGUCUUCCCCUGCAGUCUGAACAAAUAGUUUUGUAGGAGUUUGACCAUUGGUUCUCACUGAAACCCUCCCACUCACUCCUGCAUCAAAGGCUGAAUGGGAUGAGGGUUGCCAGAUUGCGAGUUCAAAAUAAUGCUUAAUUUU